UGUAUUCCAUUAACCAGACAAUAUGCUUGCGAUUGGAUAGCAUUGAAGCCAAGCUGCAGGCCCUGGAGGCAACUUGUAAAUCGCUGGAAGAGAAACUGGACUUGGUCACAAACAAGCAGCACAGCCCUAUCCAAGUCCCCAUGGUGGCAGGCUCUCCCCUGGGCGCAACACAGACCUGCAACAAAGUACGAUGCGUCGUCCCCCAGACUACAGUAAUACUCAACAAUGAUCGGCAGAACGCCAUUGUAGCCAAGAUGGAAGACCCCUUGUGCAACAGGGCACCGGAUUCCCUGGAAAAUAUCAUUAGCAACGCGGUUCCCGGGCGGCGGCAGAACACCAUCGUGGUGAAGGUGCCAGGCCAGGAGGACAGCCACAAUGAGGAUGGGGAGAGCGGGUCUGAGGCCAGCGACUCUGUCUCCAACUGCGGGCAGGCGGGCAGCCAGAGCAUUGGGAACAACGUCACCCUCAUCACCCUCAACUCAGAAGAGGACUACCCCAAUGGCACGUGGCUAGGGGAUGAGAAUAACCCCGAGAUGCGAGUACGCUGUGCCAUCAUCCCAUCCGACAUGCUCCACAUCAGCACCAACUGCCGCACGGCUGAGAAGAUGGCGCUCACAUUGCUCGACUACCUCUUCCACCGGGAGGUGCAGGCUGUGUCCAACCUCUCCGGCCAGGGAAAGCACGGCAAGAAGCAGCUGGACCCUCUCACCAUUUAUGGGAUUAGGUGUCACCUUUUCUAUAAGUUUGGAAUCACAGAAUCUGACUGGUAUCGGAUCAAGCAGAGCAUUGAUUCCAAGUGCCGGACAGCCUGGCGGCGAAAGCAGCGAGGCCAGAGUCUGGCAGUCAAGAGCUUCUCAAGAAGAACACCAUCUUCAUCAUCGUACAGCACCUCAGAGACCAUGCUAAGCACGCCGCCCCCCGCCCCUGAGUUGCAGCCACAACCACAGCAGGCCCUACACUAUGCACUGGCCAAUGCCCAACAGGUCCAGAUCCACCAGAUUGGAGAAGAUGGCCAGGUCCAAGUAAUCCCACAGGGCCACCUCCACAUAGCCCAGGUGCCGCAGGGGGAACAGGUGCAGAUUACACAGGACAGCGAGGGCAAUCUGCAGAUACACCACGUUGGACAGGAUGGACAGGUGCUGCAGGGAGCCCAGCUUAUUGCCGUGGCCUCUUCAGACCCUACUGCCACCGGGGUGGAUGGUUCCCCCCUCCAGGGCAGCGACAUCCAGGUCCAGUACGUCCAGCUGGCACCAGUGACUGACCACACAGCUGGGGCUCAGACAACUGAGACCCUACAGCCCACCCUGCAGCCUGAAAUGCAGCUGGAACACGGUGCCAUCCAGAUCCAGUGAAUGUGUGGCUGCUGACUGCCAGGACUGCCAGGACCCGAGAUGCUGCCAUGAGCGCUGACCCCGUGGCUGCUCCGUUCCAUGCUGCCUGUCCCCAUGACUUUACACAGGCGUGACGGCACAGGUUCUGUUCAAAUGCAUCAAGAGCCUUGUCCACGGGGCCCCAAGUCUCAGUCAAUUGAAAGAAGAUAGAAACAGCGCGCCUCCACCAGGGCACCCCCUUCUUGAGUCAUCCUGGGGGCGUCUAGGAAGAAUGGGUAGGCACUUAGCGUGCUGUGUGUCAAGUACACACAGAAAAUCAAGAACUACAAUAUUUUUCUCUGUUUAAACAGCUUUUUUUAAUUUGCUAUGGUGUUUAUAACAAAAAACAAAAAAAAAAAAAAGAAAACUGAAAAAACACAAAGUGGAGUGGCCGAAGCCUUUUGCUGUGAGCUCUGUUCAGUGUAAUGAAAAUAGGUAUUUGCAAAGACAGCUAAUGAUUUUGAUGGAAAUACUGCUUACCUACUUUUCUAGGGGGGAAAUGCCCUCAACACUGUAAUUAUGCAUUUCUAAUGAAAUAAAGUGUAUUUAUGACCACA